AUGGGUUUACCACCAACGUCACCUCGAUUGAAAUUCGUCCACACGCAUCCUGGAGGAAGUCCAGUACCACGAAGACCUCCGCGACACCCACCUUCUCCAUCUACACGAUCUCGAUCAUUAGAACUCUUAGAUCAAGAUGAGAAGAAAUCAAUCUUGCCAGUUGCUAAACCUGAACCAGUGCCAAGGCCAAGAUCCAAAAGUUUGGAUGGUCUUUUGGACGAGGAUGACGUAGUUUCACACUUAAAGACUGAAGAAUUGGAUAAGGGGGAAGAGAAGAGAAACGAUGAAGUUGACAACGAAAAUCCAACUAGUUCUAAUGACACAAAUCAAACAUCAAAUUUAGAAUCAACGACAGAUGAAAAUUUGGACAUAUCUCGCAAAACUCAACAACAAAUCGAACAGUCCAAUAGUUCUGAACAGGCGAAGGAUAAUACGAAUUUACCAUUACCUGUUCCACGUUUAAAAACAAAAAUGUCUAGCUCUCUGUUGGAAAUUUCUAAAGUGUCUAAGGAAGAGAAUAAUGAAAGAGUUUCGUUCGCGGAAAAAAGGAACGACAAAGAAGACGAUUCAACGAUGUUGUUGCCUAAACAAUUAAACAGAUGCACGAGUGCAGACGGCGAGAUCGAAUCGUCGAAUUUAAGGGACGAUCGCGAGGUGACAAAUUCUCAAAACAGGCAGCAAACCAUUGAGCUUUGUGAUAAUAGUGUAGAACCAAUACAGGAAAGACUUAUGACGAUAGUAAAAGAUAAAUCAACAUUGUUAAAAGCAAAGAGCUGUGGGGCGGGAUUAGAUUCAAACGAAAGUGCUUCGUCCAACGAUUACAAAGCUGAAAUAAAGGAACAAGGCUCGUUGCUAUCUUUGCCGGCAGGAGCUGAGCCAAAGAGAAAAAGAAAUUUUAUGGACAAAUGCGUUAAUAAGGUGCGGUCUUUUAUUAAGAGAUAA